CAACAUGCUCUUUGGGCGCCUUUCACUUGUCCCCUCGCGAAGGAGCAGGCGCUGGGUGUGGAAUUCAGCCGUGCAGAUCUGCUUAGGAUCUAGCAAGACGCAGCAGGAAGCAGCUGGGCAGGGGUGGUGCUCAUCUUGGUUGCUGUGACUGUUCUCCAGGACUUUUUGCAAUGGUCUUUGCUGCUGCUCUUCAGGAAUAAUCCAAGCUGAAGAUGGGGCCACACCGUCUGACUUCCUCUCUUCAGGAGGCUGUGACCUUCCCUGAUGUGGCUGUGAGCUUCUCUCCGGAGGAGUGGCAGUGCUUGGACGCCUCUCAGAUGCAGCUCUACCAAGAUGUGAUGUUGGAGACCUACCAGCACCUGCAGGCAGUAGGGCAUUGCAGAGUGAAGCCUGCACUGAUCUCCUGGUUGGAAGGAGGAAUGCUGGAGAGGCUACAGAGAUGUGUGUUUUCAGCUGAACCAAAGCCAGAAAUCCAUCCAUGUUCCUUCUGUUCUCUCACCUUCACCUGUCAGAACUUCCUCAGUCAUCAUAUGAAAUAUAGUCAUCCCUAUCGGAAGCUCCCAGGAGCAUUUGCAAGAAAGCACCCUCAAUUAGAGAAUUUCUGUCCACGUGAUCAGAACCAAUGGCAGCAGCAUUCUAAUCCAUAUAAUGAUAAAACAAGAAAUGACAUAAUUGAAAAUCAAAGGCACAAUAAAAGUUCCAUCCGUUUGGCUAAGAAGAUAAUUGAUAAAACAAUUUCAAAAGCUUUUUCUAAUGUAUCUAGUAAAAAAAUAGGAAGCUCUGAUAACCAUGAGAAGACAAUGGAGAAAAAAACUAAUACAGGCUGGAAAGAAAAUCCAAAAGACACAGGCAGAGUAAUUGCAGGGAAAGGAAUUCCAAGAAUUUUAAAAGAGAAAUAUGUAAAAACCAGGCAGGUCUUCUGUGAUGGAUCAUAUCUCAUCACACACCAGAGAAGUCACACAGGGGAGAAACCCUAUGUUUGCAAGGAGUGUGGACAAAGCUUCAAUCAGAGGUCAAGUCACAUCAGACACCAAAGAACUCACACAGAGAAGAAGCCCCAUGUUUGCAACGAGUGUGGGCGAGGCUUCAGUCAGAGGUCAUAUCUUAUCAGACACCAGAGGACACACAUACGGGAGGAGCCCUGUGGUUGCAGAGAGUGUGGGCUAGGCUUCAAUCCACAUGCAAAUCUCAUUAAACACCAGAAGACACACACCAGGGAGAAACCCUAUGUGUGCAGGGAGUGUGAGCGAGUAUUCAAAUGUAGGUCAGCUCUCGUUAAACAUGAGAGGACACACACAGGGCAGAAGCCCUAUGUUUGCAGUGUGUGUGGGCGAGUCUUCAUUCGGCAUGCAAGUCUCAUCAGACACCAGAGGACGCACACAGGAGAGAAGCCCUAUGUGUGCAGGGAGUGUGGACGAGGCUUCAGUUGGUAUUCAGAUCUCACAAAACACAAGAGGACACACACAGGGGAGAAGCCCUAUGUGUGUAGGGUGUGCGAGCAAGGAUUCAGAUGUAGGUCAGCUCUCAUUACUCACGAGAGGACACACACAGGAGAGAAGCCUUAUGUGUGCAGCGACUGUGGUAGAGGAUUCAGUCGGAGGCUGCAUCUCAUCACACACCAGAGGACACAUACAGGAGAGAAACCCCAUGUUUGCAAGGAGUGUGGGCGAGGCUUCAGUUGGAGGUCAGAUCUCAUCACACACCAGAGGAUACACACAGGCGAGAAGCCUUAUGUUUGUAAGGAGUGUGGGCGAGGCUUCAUUCAGGGUUCACAACUCAUCACUCAUGAGAGGACACAUACAGGGGAGAGGCCCCAUGUGUGCAACGAGUGUGGGAAAGGCUUCAGUCAGAGGUCACAUCUCAUCAGACACCAGACGAUACACAAAGGAGAAUUCCUAAAUUUGAAGCAAAAUUGACUAAAUGACAUCUCAGAAUCUACAGAGAACAAAUGGAGCUGCCCAAAACUGCAUAAUGUACUUGAGAAGAUGGCUAGGGAAGUGUAUUGACUCUAACCCCUUCCAUAUUUUGCUCUGUACACCAAUAAAUUUUGUCUUCAUACA